AUGUCUUCUCCGGCUUCGACUCGUCGUAGAGGUCGCCCAUCCAGGGCAGAGGCUAGCAGUCCAAGGGUAACAGAUGCACAAACAACACCCCGCGCUUCUCGUCGUCUAAGAGGUGAGGCAGCGGUUCCUUCGUCACCACCCGCCGAGACACCAGAUGUGAGAAUGGAUGAGCCCAGCUCUCCUGUUAGGGCAUCAUCCACCGUGGACCAAGAUGAGACCACACCACGGGGAAACCGUACUGCUGUCGGAGAGUCUUCCCCAAUCCGAUACAUGUCUAGUUCUAGCCCAACUCGCGCUCGUAGCCUCCAACCAGGACGCCCCGAUAUUCCCAGCAGUAGCAGUGGUGCUCUUUUCGUCUCGGAUCGCACGACUACAGGCGGUCAGCGCAAUGUCGUGUCCCGUCGCAAUGAUCUUCAUUCGGGUGGUUUUGGAUCUACGCCUAGUCGACGACGCAGAGUCUUUGUUGACGCCAAUGGAAUACCUGCCGCCGAUGGAGAGCCACAGUCAGAUGCAACUUUCUCAAACAUUCACCCCGGUACUUCAGAAGCGGAUGCGUUGGGUGGUAGCUCUACUCGCGUCAUCUGGGGUACCAACAUCUCUAUUCAAGAUUCUAUGUCCGCGUUCAAGAAUUUCCUCUACAACUUUGCAACCAAAUAUCGUCUGUGGGCAGAGGGUGCAACAGAAGAUGAAACCCGCAGACUGGGAGACACUGCAGAGGAGAGAGAAUACAUCAACAUGUUGAACACGAUGCGUCAGUUGGGUGUGACUAGCUUGAAUCUUGACGCGAAGAACCUCAAAGCAUACCCGUUGACUUUGAAAUUGUGGCAUCAACUACACGCAUAUCCUCAGGAGAUUAUUCCUUUGAUGGAUCAGACCAUCAAGGAUGUUAUGGUUGAACUUGCGAUCAAAGAGAUGGAGCGUCUGCGGACUCAGAACCAACGGAACCAGUCACACUCGAGGAAUCUCAGUUCUGCGCCCGCAGUCCCAAGCUCAGAUGCCUUGAGUGAGACUGGCCGGAUGCCACAGACCGAAAUUCCAGAUCUUGUUGGUGAAGUCGAGACAAAGGCUUUCAAAGUUCUUCCUUUCGGACUUGAUUCUAGUGUGAACAUGAGAGAUCUAGAUCCAGCCGAUAUGGACAAGUUAGUGAGCAUCAAAGGUCUUGUCAUUCGCGCGACGCCUAUCAUCCCGGAUAUGAAAGAAGCCUUCUUCCGUUGCCAGGCUUGCAAUCACGGCGUGCAAGUCGAUAUCGAUCGUGGAAAGAUCGCGGAGCCCACUAUUUGUCCACGCCCUGCUUGCAGGCAAAGAAACAGCAUGGAGAUCAUUCACAACCGUUGUAUUUUCGCCGACAAGCAGGUCAUCAAAUUGCAAGAAACACCGGAUAGCGUGCCCGACGGUCAAACUCCUCACUCUGUUUCCCUUUGCGUCUACGAUGAGUUGGUGGAUGUUUGUAAGGCUGGUGAUCGAGUUGAAGUGACUGGCAUCUUCCGGUGCAACCCUGUGCGCGUGAAUCCCCGCCAACGGACGCAGAAGGCACUUUUCAAGACUUACAUUGAUGUCCUGCAUGUCCAAAAGAUCGAUCGGAAGAAGCUGGGCAUUGACGUCACAACCAUCGAACAAGAGUUGUCUGAGCAGGCUGCUGGAGAUUCAGAGCAGGUUCGGAAGAUUACAGCUGAAGAAGAGGAAAAGAUCAGGCGCACUGCCACCCGGCCGGAUGUGUAUGAACUCCUUUCUCGGUCUCUCGCACCUAGCGUCUAUGAGAUGGAUGAUGUCAAGAAGGGUAUCCUACUCCAGAUGUUUGGAGGCACCAACAAGUCUUUCCAGAAGGGUGGUAACCCACGCUACCGCGGUGACAUUAAUGUACUUCUUUGCGGUGAUCCGUCAACUUCAAAAUCCCAGCUGCUUCGCUAUGUCCACAAGAUCGCGCCUCGGGGUGUCUACACCAGUGGCAAAGGUUCUUCCGCUGUCGGUCUUACAGCCUACGUGACUAGGGAUCCCGACACGCGUCAGAUGGUGCUCGAGUCUGGUGCCCUGGUACUUUCGGAUGGUGGUAUUUGCUGUAUUGACGAAUUCGAUAAGAUGAACGAAUCUACACGGUCCGUCCUGCAUGAAGUCAUGGAGCAGCAGACGGUGUCAAUCGCUAAAGCAGGUAUCAUUACCACGCUGAACGCUCGAACCAGUAUCCUUGCCUCCGCAAACCCUAUUGGGAGCCGAUACAACCCCAAUCUGCCUGUUCCUCAGAACAUUGACCUUCCGCCUACUUUACUGUCCCGUUUCGAUUUGGUAUACUUGGUUUUGGAUCGUGUGGAUGAGCAAGAAGAUCGUCGGUUGGCCAAGCAUCUGGUCAACAUGUAUUUGGAAGACAAGCCAGAGAAUGCAAGCGACGAAGAAGUCUUGCCCAUCGAGUUCCUGACGGCAUAUAUUACUUACGCCAAGACGAAGGUUCAUCCCGUUCUUACCCCGGCUGCUGGCAAAGCUCUCUCGGAUGCAUAUGUGAACAUGCGCAAGCUCGGAGAUGACAUCCGCUCCUCUGAUCGUAGAAUUACGGCGACCACUCGUCAACUAGAGUCUAUGAUCCGACUGUCGGAAGCCCACGCACGCAUGCGGUUGUCGCUAGAAGUGACCGCAGCAGAUGUUGAGGAGGCAGUGCGUUUGAUCCGGUCUGCUAUUAAGCAGGCGGCCACAGACUCGCGGACCGGUUUGAUUGAUAUGGGCCUGCUCACUGAGGGCACUAGUGCAAGCGAGAGACGUCAGCGGGAGGCCCUGAAGCGUGGUGUGCUCGCGGUGAUCGACGAGCUCAGCGGCGGAGGUGCUACUCCUCGCUGGGGCGACGUUUAUCGUGCUUUGACUGAACAGAGCAGCGGUGAGGUGGAUGGAGGUCAAUUCACAGAGGCAGUCCGCACGCUGGAGACGGAAGGUUACGUCAACGUUCUAGGUGAAGGUGCACGACGGAGCAUCCGGCGUGUUGGAGGUCGACUUCUGUAA